AGACUCUGACUCUGAUGACCUCUGGGUGCCACUCCAAAGAGACCACAGUCCUCCAUCCCCUACUCGUUCAAACGUAGGAACUGGUUCCUCCAGUAUGACCCCUGCUGUCUCUGGCUCCACACCCACCCCGGCCCGGCCAUCUAGAGGUGUGAAGAAGUCAGCCCAGAAGCGGAGGAGGGCCAGUGAACCAGCGACAACAACCACUGAGGCAGAGGACCGUUGGCACACUGUGCUAGAAGGUGAACCAGCAGCAACUACCACCGAGGCAGAGGACCGUUGGCACACUGUGCUAGAAGGUGAACCAGCGACAACUACCACCGAGGCAGAGGACCGUUGGCACACUGUGCUAGAAGAUGACGUGGAGCCACUUCCACCAACAUUCAGACCGAAAAGGCAGCCAGGACCUCAGCUGGACAUGACUGCAGAGUACAGCCCCCGUCAUCUUUUCCAGAUGUUUUUCUCCUUGUCAGUUGUUGAUUGGCUGGUUUCUAACACCAACAAGUAUGGGGCUAAGAAACAAGCAGGCAAGAAAGAGGCCUGGAAGCCCAUUUCCAUCCAAGACCUGUACUGUUACAUCUCACUGGUAAUUUACACGGGGUUGGUGAAGAUGAAAACCCUGAAGGACUACUGGAAAACGUCACCUCUCUACCAACUGCCUUUCCCCACCGCUGUCAUGUCUUCUAACAGGUUUCUGACUAUCUCGCGGGCGCUUCAUAUCAGCGACCCACACGUUGAUGAGGUCAAUGACGAGAAGAGAGGCACAGCAAGCUUUGAUAGGCUGUGCAAAAUCAACCCUCUCUACUCCAGCAUGGUGGAGGCCUGCAAGACCCAUUUUCAGCCCAGCCAGAACCUGUCCAUAGAUGAGAGGAUGGUGGCCUCGAAGGCUAGAAAUGGCCUCAAACAACAUAUGGCAAACAAGCAAACAAAACUGUUUGUUUUGGCCGAUUCUGUGUGUGCCUACACUUGGAAUGUGUUUGUUUAUGAGGGCGAAAGCAGUUUGGCGACCGGUAAGGGACUCCGUUCUGAUUCCGUUAUGGAGUUGGUGGAUGUUCCACUGCUUGGGACUGGCUUCAAACUGUUUGUGGACAACUUUUACACAAGCCCUGCCCUGUUCACAGACCUGGGAAGCUGGACGUGUGGGCUUGUGGCACUAUUUUGUCCCAACAGUAGAGGUUUUCCCAAAACCAAGGUGAGCGACAUGCCUAAGAGGGCUGAGCGGGGACCAUGCGAUGGAUUCGGAAACAUGACCUGCUCUUUGUAA